UGAAUACAAUAUUUUGAUAAUGUUUUGUAAUCUUCUCACAGUUAUUUUUUUGUACGUGUCUCUGUGUCGUUAGUUGGCUGUGUUAGGGGGCUCUAUAAGCGGGAGGAAACUGGGUGUUGCCCGUUCUUUAAGUCGACUGAAUCUUGGCAUCACUCAGGCGAUCACACACACGCGCAAACUCAGAUUCGAGUUCAGUCUUCACGAGCACUGCGGAACGGCCACUUCGUCGAGGCACUUUUCCGUUAACCGGCUUUAAAAGAAUCCUUUAGAAACAGACAUUAUGGGUGUGGAAGGCUGCACGAAAUGCAUCAAAUACAUGCUGUUCUUCUUGAAUUUCUUUUUCUGGCUGUCUGGUUGUGUAAUCUUGGGGGUGUCACUCUGGGUUCGCCAUGACACUAAGACAAGCAGUAUUCUGAACCAGAGGUUUGAGCAGACAGUAGCACCCAGCACCUUCUACAUAAGUGUGUACACCCUGAUUGCUAUUGGUGCUGUGAUGAUGUUUGUUGGAUUCAUUGGUUGCUAUGGAGCCAUACAGGAAUCCCAGUGUCUUCUUGGAACAUUCUUUGCCUGCCUGGUCAUUCUGUUUGCAUGUGAGGUUGCUGCUGGGAUCUGGGGAUUCAUGAACAAAGACAAGAUCUCCAAAGAGCUGAUCACCUUCUAUGACUCUGUGUAUGACAGUGCUAUGUCACAUUCCGACGCUGAAAAAAGGAAGCCUGCAGCUGCUGUUUUGAAGGUCUUUCAUGAUUCUCUUAACUGCUGUGGCAAAGGGGUUUCCACGGGUCUCGUGAGCUGGUUCUCAGACAUGUGUCCUAAACAAAUAGAAUUGACUAAUUCAAGCUGUCACUCUAAGAUCAAUGAGCUUUUCUCGGAGAAGGUUUACCUGAUUGGAAUUGCUGCGCUGGUUGUUGCUGUUAUCAUGAUCUUUGAGAUGAUCUUCAGCAUGGUGCUCUGCUGCGGCAUCCGGAACAGCCCUGUUUACUGAAACAUGUAGGGGCCAGAUGUGACCUUUAAAAACUUCUGCCAAAAUUUUAUUUUGCAUUAUAUCUACCAUCUACUAUUUUGUUUUGUAUCUACCAUCAUUUCUAAAUGUAGUCACUGUCCAGUAACUUAGAACAAAUAGAACAAAUGUGUGUUUUGUUUAGUGCAUUUUUGUUAAAGCGACGCUGUGGAUCCAGCCAUAACUAGUCUGCUAUUGUUUACUCUGUAGUUGGUAAUGACUAGAUGUAAUCUCUGGCUAUAGCUGUAAACUUUUCAGAUAGUUAUAAACACAUACAUUUACUCAAAGAACAUUACACAUGAAGGAAGAAUACAUUUAUUAGCUUGUAGUUUUCUUGUGUUAACUGUUAAGUAUUGCUAUUGCUAUAUGUUACUAUUAUUAUUAUUUUCAUUUGUACAUGUAUAAACUGUAUAUAUUUGCCACCCUAUAUGGCUCUUGAGCAUGAAUCUUGAAUGCAACACUCCUGUCCAUCAUUCGCUCGUAGACUGCUGUUUGUCUGUACAGGUUUCUCCCUACGAAACCACUAAAAUAAACUUUUGCUAGAUGAGAGAAAAGGUCAGAAUACAAUACUUAAUAAUACGAUAAGUGAUUUAUGAUCAGUAGUUUGCUUCUUACACAGUGUGACAUUCAAGCUCUUCCAACAGCCGGUCUGUGCAACGCUUAAUGGUGAAGUUUUUUGAUCUAUGAUCAUUGUGUUUCGCACAAUAACAUUAUGAGAUCACAUUGACAAAGGAGCUGAUCCUAGAUCAGCUUUCUUGUAAUGGAAAGUUUUACACAUAGAACUUGUGAUGCCCACUACAAAUAAAAUGGCAUGAAUUCUGUUUCUUUAUGCUCUCUAAGACUAAUAUAGUGGAUUGUACAUUCCUGCAUCCCUAUCUCAAAGGGAUUUGGACAUAUGUAGAUUUACUUCCCUAGUCACUGGAAUUCUUCUGUCCUGCCUCUCUUUACAAUUUGAAGUAAUCCAAGCCAUUGAAAGGACUCAUACAUGCCUUCUAGCCUUAUAAAUGGAACACCCUAUCCCUUAAUCACUUAGAUGAUAAAUCCGGAUUGAUUCCUAAUGGAAUUUUCUAUGCUGUCAUAGCUGAUAUGUGUUAUGAUAUCACCUGACUGAAAGAAACAUAAGGAGUUUGCUUGAGUGUGUGUGUGCAUGUGUGUAUGUGUGCAUGUGUGUAUCUUUUUUGUGAUACUUGCUGACGGUGUGUUCAGAAGGACAGUAUUAGUUUGUUUAAGGCUGGUUUACUCUUCACUGCCAAAUUUAUUACAAAAGUAGUUGUUGUAAUACCUUGCCUCAUUCAUUAGGUGGCACUCAAAUACCAUUCACUUUGGCAACUGGCGACAACACCGCCCUUAAUAUAACUGUGUAGGUGUCUGUCAUGUGCUUAUUAAUCCUCUAGGCUGCACUCAGACAAACCUCUCCCCAAUACAAACACAGAUGCAUAAAUAGCAUCAGCUUGAGUUUUACUACAUGCAUUAUGCAACCCUGUCUUGUUAACACAUAUUGCCUAUGCUGAUAUGCUUAAAAAGUGUCUUGUAAUAUGUUCAGCUAUAUAGUAUACUAAUGACAAUGUAAAGACAAUAUAUGCCUUUAAUUGUGUGUGUGUGUGUGUGGGGGGGGGUGCUUGAUCUUGAAACUAUUAAACAUUAUGAAGGCAAUAAGAUUUGUUCAAGCAAUUAAGGGGCUUUCACACUUGGGUCGAUUGCCUGUUCCGAACCCGAGUUCGAUUGUUCCCCCCUCCCCCCGGUGGACUGUGUUCACAUUAUAUAUUUGUAUCCGAACCGCGGUACGCUUGCGUCAUGAAGCUGCAGCUGGUGCGUAAUCGUGUUGCAUGAUAACCGCGAAAUGAAAAGGCGUCAAAAUUCAAUGAUUAGACUUGCUCGGUUCACAUUUGUUCUUCUUUUUUUUAACCUUUGGUUUUGUUUUCAACAUCAAGAUACAGAAACACACUUGCGUCUGUCUGCCGCAACAAUACUGAAAUCGUUCAAAAGACAGCGGGCUGUCCGCCGAAGACAAUUUUUGCGAAGGCAAGCAGAAAUCAUCUCUCUGCUUGCAGCGCGUGUGCGUCAAUCCCGCUUUUCGUCAAGGUAAGUGUAUUUGCACGCACGCACGAAAGUAAACCCUUUCCGCUCAUUUUGAAAUUGACGCGUGUGAGACUGACGACCACAUUAUACGUCAUCAAUAGCGGUUCACUUCCGCGGUUUGGUUCGAUUGCGUUCAUGUCAGCAGCGAACCGUACUGGAGUUCACAUGAACCGUACCCCAGACCACCUUUUUAAGCGGACCCGAGUACGGUUCGCGGGUGCGCACCCGAGUUCGGAAGACAGCGUUCACAUCAUCCAAACGAACCGAACUCUGACGUCAUUCGAACCGGGGUGCGCACCAAAAUUUCUAGUGUGAAAGCCCCUUGAAAGCCCCCUAAAUCUUGUAGUUAAAACACUGGGUCAGGCUAUUUGGUCAGUUUCAAAUAUGCUAUUACUGUUGUGUUAGAAUAUCUUACAUUUGCUUGAGACUUAAAUUGACCACUGUCACUCAAAACUCUUCCCUGACUCACCUGUUACAGAUUUUAGUUUGGUGUAUUUAGGAAUUAAAUGUAUUUUACAAAUAAGGUGUCUUCAGUUUGUUCAUUCUUUAACACCAAUGUUGCCCGCAAGUUAACACAGGUGUCCUAGCAGUCACCACAGGUAUUGUUCAUUACAUUAACCACUAACAUUUGAAAACCAUAAAGUGUGACGUUACUGUCUCUUUAUUUUGAAUGAUAUAGCCUAACUAAUGUUUUAUCAUUUAAAACCUAUCAAAAUAAUAAAUUAUGUGAAAUGUUAUGCUAAAAAAGUAUGUUUGUGCUAU